GCCAGGGGCGUGCAAUAGUGCCCCUUUCACCAAUCAAAGUGUUUGAGCAAGUUCAUGACAAUCACUUAACACCCCUACUUCAAUUUUUCUCGGUUCAGCCUUCCGGAAUUGCGUGCCGGAAUUGCGCGUAUUCUUGCGUUGUUCACCAUGGCCUUCGGACACCUUUUUAUAUUCAAAAGAGCGCUAUUUACGCCUUUCCAAGAUUUAGUUUUCCUUCGGAAUUUAUUCUUAGGGACUCAGCUACGUCUAACCUCAUCUGUACAGAGGCCAGGCACUACUGUAUCAAAAGAAGUCAGACCAGAGGUUCUCGAACAGCUGUUCUUGAAUCCAACCUGGUCGGUCGAAUCCCUCCUGCCACCGAAAAUGCAUCCAUCCGAUGGGCCUAAAAUAACAUCCCAGCAACUUCACCAUCUCCUUCGAUUGUCCGCUCUUCCUCUCCCCGAAAAUCCUGAAGAAGAGAAGAAGAUGCUGGACACACUCUCUGCACAACUCCAUUUCGUGGGGGAGAUACAGCAAGUGAAUACCACGGGUGUGAAACCACUACGUGUCAUAAGAGAUGAGACGGCUGCAGCAGAACAGGAGCAAACGAUUACACUGCAGACGCUUAGAGAAGCCUUGACGAAAGAGAAGGCUAUUGGAAAGCAUCACAAGCGUAUACAAAGGCAGACGGAUCCGGUGGAUGCUAGAAAUACUGAAGAUUUGGAUGUGCUUGGAUUUGCUGAAAAGAAGGUUGGGAAGUACUUGAUGGUUGAAAGCCAAAGGCCUCAGGAAUAGGCAACUCUGGGCACGGCCAGCGCCAUUUCACCCUCGCUAAUUAUUCGACCACAUCUUUUACAUACCCAUAUUGUCGCUCCACAUAAUACAGUGCCGCCAAGAUCAUUCUG